AUGACUGCCAGUACCUUCAGUUUAUGGGUGACAUGGGAAAGCGGUGCUGGCGAAAUUCAACCGUCAUUGGACGAGUUGCCGGUACUGCAUACCGCGUUCGUCCAAACUGGUGAAGAACUCCACUACUUCAGCGAGUCGGGAAGAUUCGAAGCGGAAAUGGUGGUGGGUCACAGGGUUCACACAGACACUGCUAGUGGAGGCACUAGAGCUAGAGAGAAAAAAUACAACGUCAAAAAGAUGCAUGGAGAUGAAUCGAUGCCAAUCGCAUUCGACCCACCAUUUGUCGAAUUCGGCGAUAGUGCCGUUGGCCACUCCGUAAAACGGCGUGUGUUCAUACGAAGUCUGCUCCAGAAACCUAUUAUUUUGGAUUCUAUUGCUGGUGCUACAGUCAAUUUCCACAUCUCAUUUUUCAACACCGUUCUUUCCGGCCGCUCUUCCUCGAACCCUUAUCGUAUUGCACCAUUCGUUGGUACUCGUUUGCCGUUCAACGGCACUCUUUCUAAAGAUAUAGUUCUGCACAAUCCAUUCCCUAAUACUUUUAGGGUUACAGAGGUAGUGUCGUCUGGUGGUAAUGUGCAUGUUGAAAUGGCCUAUGAUAUUGAUGGAAAAGCAGCCGCGGAACCUCCACAGUAUUGGGAUAUUCGCCCAUUUCAAACUAAAACUAUCUGUCGUGCNUCGUCUGGUGGUAAUGUGCAUGUUGAAAUGGCCUAUGAUAUUGAUGGAAAAGCAGCCGCGGAACCUCCACAGUAUUGGGAUAUUCGCCCAUUUCAAACCAAAACUAUCUGUCGUGCCAUUAUCAUUGGGCACACUUUGGAGAAUACAACCAUAUUUGUUCGAGUUACGGGGCUACUCCUUGAUGAUGAUGGCGGUGACGGGGUACAGCACUCAAUUGUGCUUCCUAUACCUAUAGAAAUAAAUAAGCGGCGAGGAGUCUUUACAACUAAAGACAUAUUGGAUUUUGGUUUGUUAAGGCAAGGUGAGAGGUCACAGCCUCAAAUGUUUUCCGUUUAUCAGUACAUGCUAAGUGGGAAACUGGAGUUUGAGACAUUAUAUGUCGAUAGGGGAGAUCCCACAGGCAUUUAUAUGGAGUUUGCCUCUACUCCACCAAUUGCUGUAUUACCAGGAAGGAAUUCUUUGCCAGGUAAACCGUCAGAUCUUGUGAAGGUGUUCUUCGAUGCGUCUCGCAUAACAUUCGAAUCUCACUUACCUAGUGCUCGAACUUUUCAUGGGCGUAUAAUUGCNCAGCUAUGGAAAUACUCAGGACGAAUUCAAGUCCGUCUAUUCAAUAAAACUACUGUGAUUGGAGUUGGUGAGGAACAGCCAGUGUUCCUUCUUAAAUACAACAAAAAAGUUCCUGACACAUUCGGGCAAACCGUUUUUUAUGUGCACACAAAUAUAUCCACCUACAGAAUUCAGCUAUGGAAAUACUCAGGACGAAUUCAAGUUGAAUUAUUUUCUGUCGAUCAAGAAUCAUUCGAUUUUGGACUUUUGGAAAGGAACGACACCAGAUCAAUUAGAUUCGUCAUACGUAACAAGAACCAUGCUAUAAUGACAGUUCGAGGUCUUUCUGUUCCUCGCCCUUCGAUACACAGACUCUACUUGGUCUCAAUACUUGGAAAGAAUGCAGUAGGAACAUGGGUGCCAGCCGAAAGUUGUGAGGAAUGGGCGCAGGGCGCAGAUUUGGAGAUACCUCCUCACAGCGCAGCAUUUUUCGAUCUCGAGCUCAGAUUACCAUUAGAUGAGCCGUUUCAUCCUUCACAAAUGGUAAUUGCCACGGAAUUCGAAAGCAAAGUUUUUCCAAUCAAGUACGAGGUUGCACAGGGCAGCUUAACAUCCAUUCCGGAUCGCAUCUCAUUUGGAAAAACACAUCCAGGAAAAGUUGUGUACAUGAACCUACAGGUGUUCAACUCUUUCGCGGAAGAUAUGAAAGUGACGCGACUUUCCACAACAUCACGCGAUCCACGUUUCUUCUUCGAAGGCUUUGAUCCUGCCCAUCCACCUGUGCUGAGAUCUGGGCGUUUAACUAACCUA